CGGCGAAGUCAAACCUAACCUCAAAAGUAUAAUUAAAAAAACGGAAAUGGAUUUGUUACAGUGCAAAUGAAAAAUUCUCAAAACUUUUAAUUUUAUGCUCAAUACAAUUGGAAUUUUAAUAAAAAAUACAUUAUGGCUUUUUGUAUCGAAUCUGUGAUAAGAAGAAUAUCCUCAAAUGCAGUUCGAAAAUUGAGUACUGUUGCUGAACCGGUACGAUUACCACCAGAAGAACCAUUGCAACUUUUUCGUACAAACGAAUGUAAUCCAAUUAAUCAUACUACAGAUCAUUUAAAAAGAUUUUACACAAUAUCACCUAAUGAGAGACAACGAUUAUUUUUCAAUAAUGCAAUGCCAAAAGCAUUUGUCGAUGAUGUAAAAACUUUUAACGAAUGUUCCAUAAUGAUUAGACGGCCAGCUUUGGAAAUUAUGUCAUAUUUACAUCAAUGUGACUAUUCGAGACCAGUUAAUAAAUUUGUUAUGUAUGGUGAACUAGGAUCAGGAAAAUCAAUUUCACUUAUGCACCUGGUGCACUAUGGUCAUAAGAGUGGACAUAUUAUUGUUCAUGUUUCUUGGCUUCAACGAUGGUAUGAGUUUCCAAAAGAAUAUGCAAAAUCAACUAUUCGAGAAGGACUCACAGAUUUGCCAAUAGAAUCGGCCACUUGGCUUGGACAUUUUAAAAUUCAAAAUAAACAUUUACUAGAUACACUUGAUUUAAGAACAUCAAAAGAUUAUAUUUGGAGUGCAAGGGAAAGUAAUCCAAAAGGUACACCAAUUUUGGAAGUAAUUGAUUUUGGUAUAAGUCGUAUUAAAUUUGCAAGUGAAAUAAUAAUUAUAUUGAUGGAAGAAUUAAAACAAUGGUGUGCCGAUAAUAAAUGUAAAGUUAUGGUUUUAAUUGAUGGUUUCAAUGCUUUAAUAUCAAAUCACACGAGAGUUAGAAAUGAAAAUAAAAAAUUUGUAUCAACACAAGAUGUUACUAUAACUCAUGCAUUUCUCGAUAUUACUAAAUCCAAUUGGAAUAAUGGUGUAGUAAUUGUGAGUGUCGACAAGUUAGCAGUCAAGGAAACAAGAGAUUCGGAUCUUCCACGAUAUUUAUUGCAAGAAAAAGGUUUCGAACAUUUGGAUCCAUUUAUACCGAUUAAAGUUGAAAACUUCGACGACGGUGAAUUUGAAAUGAUGAUAGAAUAUUAUAAAGACAGAAAAUGGAUAAGAAAUAUAACACCCAAUGCUCAACGGGAAUUACAGUUAUUAACAAAUAAUAAUCCUAAACAACUGUCAUUAUAUUGUGCAAGUUUGUAAUAGUGAAAAUCGAAAAAAAAGAAUUAUAUAUAUCUAUUGUGUACAUUUUUACAAAUAAACAACAGUUUAAAAGAUCA